AUUUUCUAUUCAAUUUUUUAUUGUUUCGGCGCCCCUUUGAACUGAUCCGUGUCUCUGAUUUGGCUCAAUAUUUACCUACCGACUCUGAAACGAGUGUUUUAACGAGAAAAGAUAAAUCUUAAAAAUCACACUUACAGCAAUGCGGAAGAGCAGGAAAACAUGUAGUUUAGUUAAACUACAAGAUUCAAUGAGGGUGAAGUUUGUUUUUCCACUUCCAUAAGGACGCGGAAGGAGUAAAGUGCCUUCAAAGUGCGAAAAGCUGCCUUGGGAGAUCGUAAAGUUUUACAACUUAUAAACUAUUUCGUAUGUCCCCUCCUGGGAAAAUGUUAGUUAAAGGGUUGAUUAACGUUUUUGUGCAGGUCUCGUCAGGAGGGGUUAUUUAUAAAAUUGUUUUUUUUACUCUCGAAGUAGACGAAUUCUCGGUAGGGUGUCGCAGCACGUCGCAGCACUCGGUGAUGUUUUCCAUUGUCAUGGAACAAAAGAAAAUAAUUAUUAGUUCUAAUUAUGUAUAUUUAGGUAAAAGUUUUAAGCAACUUUUUUUCUUUUUUCCCCAGUGGGAGUAGAUUUUCUGUUUAUGUAUAUUCUUUCUUUCUCUCACACCAGCUGUAUGUUUUGAAUAUAUAUUGAAUUGAGUUUAUAAUUGUUUUUUUAUUAGGUGUUACAUAACCAGCUGGCAAGUGGUUCACAUUUUUUUUUAAUUCCCUUGACACCUUUGUGGGUUUUUUAUGAAGUUUUUUUGAAAAAUAAAGUAUUCAUAUUUGAAUUUUGCUGUGUCAACAUGUCUGCUUCACAUUCAGAGUAUAUUCAAAAGCUAUGUAGAUUGUGUGGGAAGAAAAUUGUGAAAAGUAAACAUUACGUUAAUUUUAAAUCUUGUGAUAUUUACAGUGAAGUGUUUCAAUCUAUAUAUGGAAUAAAUUGUGAACAAGAAGAUCCUUGUGUAUUUCCUAAAUUUACUUGUAAUGGAUGUAGAAGAAAAUUAGAUGAGAUGAAAACGUCAAAAAAAAUAAUUGGUACUGCUGCAUCAUUUUACCCUCAUGUGGAUGAAAAUUGUGUGUGCAUGAAUUAUGCUGUAAACAGAAAAGACAGCUUAAAAAUACUGGAAUUAGAUGUGAGUAUGAAGAAAGUUGGUUUUAGUAUAUGUGAUAAAUCGGAUAACUAUAAACGUGUCUAUACCCUUUGUCAAAAUGAAAAAGAAUUAAACCAUUUGCUUACAAUACGUAUAGACAACAGCAAUGGUUGGGAUUUCUCCAUAUAUGGGAAACCUAUGGAGAAAGAAACAAUACAACUAACAAAAACUCUGCCAUGUGUUUUGAAAAAUGAUGAUAUUUCAACUUUCUCGUCAUUCUGGAAGUCAGUCAGUGUUUGCACGGGGUUACAAGGUUAUGAAGAUGUAAUCAAGUCGAGAUGUAAUUUCGAACAGCCAUUCAUGAAUCAGAGUGGAACAUUUCCAGUAGCUUUUGUUGAAGACGAUAAAAUGGUCAGAUUUGAUGAAGACAAUUUUAAAACAAUACGCCAUACCAACUGUCAUUUUUUAGCUGAAAAACCUUCAUCUGUAUGUAGUAUGUGCAAUUCUUUUAAACCAACAGUUAAAAAAGUUAGAAGUAGACGGAAAAGUGAUGAUUCUGUGCUUGAUUCCUCACAUACAAACAUUCGAUAUCUUUCCAGAGAAGAACUAGAGGAAAGAUAUCGCAAUACUCAGGGAGAAAAACAGAGAGCAAUAAAGAAAGUUGCCCAAUUAUCAUCUUGGGUAAGAAAAAUUACUGAGAAAGAAUGCAUCCAUGUUGAUGAUGAGCAACACGAAUUUAUAAAAAAUAUUGUUUGCAAUGAGGAAACAUGUCCUGAAAUACCCGAAGGCAGUCCCCAGUGGUUGUUAUGGGAGCAACAAAAAGAAAUGGCUUCCAAAAGUUCACCUAAUGGCAUGAGAUGGCACCCACUAAUUAUUAGGUGGUGCCUCAGUUUAUACCACCAUUCACCAGCAGCAUAUAAACAUUUGCGAAAUCCGAAUUUGAAUUUUUUAAAACUCCCACAUAUUGACACACUUAAAAAAUACAUAAACUUCACUGAUCCAAUGUGUGGAUUCAAUCCAGAUGUCAUUGAAAGAUUAAUAGUGGAUAGUAAAAUUGCAACUCUGGAUGAUCACCAAAAAAACGUUUCGCUUAUUUAUGAUGAGAUGAAAAUAAAAGCUGACUUGGUGUUCAGACAGUCAACUGGACAAUUGGUUGGUUUCACUGAUAUGGGGGAUAUUAACGAUGAGUUAGUUGAAUUUCAAAAACGUGCUGAGGGAUCAUCAGAGAAUGAUCGUCACUUUGCUUCCUAUGUGAUAGUGUUUAUGGUUCGAGGAAUUGUUUCAUCUCUGGUGUAUCCUUUUGGAUAUUUCGCAUCAUUGGGAUUUACCUCUGAUCAGCUCUAUCCAUGUGUAUGGGAGGCGACAUAUGUAUUGGAGGCAAUUGGUUUUUAUGUUCGAGCAUUUAUUUCAGAUGGUGCUUCUCCCAAUAGGAAGUUUUACAAAAUUAUGGUGACACCUGAUAUUGGUAACACAUAUUGGACCAACAACUUAUUAUCAUUGGACAGAAAGAUCUUUUUUAUAUCCGAUGUCCCUCAUCUCAUUAAAACAACGAGAAACUGUUUCGAGAACUCUCAUGGAAACAAUAAUACACGCAAUCUUUUUCUCGAUCACAUGGAUAUCAGCUGGAACCAUCUUGUCAAUGUUUAUGAAUGGGAUCUGAAUUUACAUGGAGCAGCACCUGGAUUAAGGAAACUUUAUAAACUAAAAGAGGAUCACAUAAAGUUAACUCCAAGGUUGAGGAUGCAAGUUAAGUUGGCUACCCAAGUUUUGAGUAAAACAACUGCUGAUGCACUUGAGGUUCAGGGGCUGCAUUAUACGAAAAGUACAAUAAAGUUUGUGCGUAUGUUUGACCAAGUUUUUGAUUGCUUGAAUGUAUCUUCAAUUAAUCAAGAUCGUGGCGGAAAAAUAGCUCUUGCAGCAUAUAGAGAUGUUAACGAUUGGCGUUUUGAGGUUAGUAGUAUCAUUCGAAAUACAUUCAAUUAUUUUGUAACGGAAUUCAGAAACACAACAUUUUUCCCUCAAAAAGCUCAAAAUCAGAUUCACCUAGACGUAAAUGAUAUGAGGAAACUUCCACAGAAAAGAAAGAGAUAGUUAUUUAUAUAUUGAUACUUUUGGAAACAUGAUUGUUUGACUAUUUUAUUUAUAUUUUUUCUGAGUAUGUCAGACAUUUUUUCCAUUACGCUUUUUCAACAUAGAAGUUGUUUUGUUAUUAGUGCCUUGUCUUUUGAGUCACAUCUUUUGCAAAUAUUUUUAGUGGAGUACGAUUUUGACUUUGAUUUGAAACAUUUUUUUGAAAACAUCAAAUCUUAGAAAAUAAUUGAGAUUAAAAAAAUUUAGGAUUGCUACUUUAUUAUUGCUAUGUAAUUUUUAUUUAUGUCAUCGGGAAAUUACAACUAUUACGGAAUUUCUUUUAUCUUCAUUUCGAAUGGAUCCGCCAUACGUGAAUAAAUAUUACAGUUUUGUUUUGCUUUUUUACAUACUCACUUCGCGAUAUGUAGAACAACCCUGGGGACAAGUUUCAUUAUAUUCCCAACAAGAAUUCAUGCGAAGGAGUGUCGAAAUUAAUAU